CUCACAGAAAGCACAGAGUUAUCUCUAUUUGUCUCAAAGAUCUCAUUGUUUUUAAAAGAAAUGGAGGGGAAAGAAGAGGAUGUUAGAUUGGGAGCCAACAAGUUCUCCGAGAGGCAGCCUAUUGGGACGGCGGCUCAGUCGCUAGACGAUAAGGACUACACCGAGCCACCACCAGCACCGUUGUUUGAGCCCAGUGAGUUGACCUCCUGGUCUUUUUAUCGAGCUGGGAUAGCCGAGUUCGUUGCUACUUUCCUAUUCUUGUAUAUCUCGGUGUUGACUGUUAUGGGCGUUGUUAAGGAACCGACCAAGUGCUCAACUGUUGGGAUCCAAGGGAUUGCUUGGGCCUUCGGUGGUAUGAUCUUUGCUCUUGUUUACUGCACCGCUGGUAUUUCCGGUGGUCAUAUCAAUCCGGCGGUGACAUUCGGGCUGUUCCUGGGGAGGAAAUUGUCGUUGACAAGGGCGAUUUUCUACAUGGUGAUGCAGUGCUUGGGAGCCAUAUGUGGUGCUGGCGUGGUUAAAGGUUUCAUGGGGAAGACAAGGUACGGUACUUUGGGCGGCGGAGCUAACUCGGUGGCUCAUGGAUACACCAAGGGUGAUGGCCUUGGUGCUGAAAUUGUUGGCACCUUUGUUCUUGUUUACACUGUCUUCUCGGCCACUGAUGCCAAACGCAGUGCUAGAGACUCUCACGUCCCCAUCCUGGCACCGUUGCCAAUUGGGUUCGCAGUGUUCUUGGUACACUUAGCAACCAUCCCAAUCACCGGAACCGGCAUCAACCCGGCUCGUAGUCUCGGUGCAGCCAUCAUCUUCAACAAGGACAAGGGCUGGGAUGACCAUUGGAUAUUCUGGGUUGGUCCAAUGAUUGGAGCAGCACUAGCAGCACUCUACCACGUGGUUGUGAUCAGAGCCAUUCCUUUCAAAUCAAAGUGAUCAAGACCAAGGGUCAUGAUCUUUGAAGUUUGUUAAUUUUCCUAUUUUCCUUUUGUUUGUAUGCCCAAUGUAAGGAUGUUAUUGUAAUAUAUUAAUUCAAUGGGGGAGCUGAUGGCAAAUUGGACCCAUCUCAAAGCUGGCAUUGUAAUUUGUACGGUUAUGAUUUGUGAGAUGUGAUUUUCGUAA